AUGGAUGAAUCAGCAACAGCAACUCAACAGCGGCGCCUCGGCGAGUACGAGAAGCAAUCGAUAUACACUGUUCUGUCGCUGCACAGCGCAAACGGGAAACCCCGUUAUGGCGACGUUUCCCAACAAGCGCAGCUUUACGGCGUAUCCACACGAACCAUUCAACGAGUGUGGACGAAGGGUGCAGAAGGCAACGGUUUCAAAACCGUCAUUCCCAAGCGGCGCAAGCCAAGUGAAGUGGCGGCACUGCAAGACCGCGUUUCCAAGCUCCCGCUCCUGCAGAAGAUGGACAUCCGCACAAUGGCCGAGGCGCUGUUGAUGCCGAAGACGACGCUGCACCGACACUUCAAGAACGGCGAGCUCGUCCGAAAACACUCGUUCCUGAAACCCAUGCUGUCGGAGGACAACGUGAAGAAGCGUCUGCAGUACGCGCUGUCGUUCGCCAACGUCGUGGACGGGUCCAUUGAGUUCAACCCAAUGUUGGAUCGGGUGUUUCUGGACGAGAAGUGGUUCUAUUUGCGCAAAGUCAAGAACAAGUUUUACCUUGCGCCGUGGGAAACC